UCUAAAGCUUCCAAAUCCGGUGUGUGUGUAUUUCACACUUGCAGCACAUCCCAACUCGCACUGGUCACAUUUCAAGUGCUCAAUUGUGGCUAGUGGCUACGUCCUGAGGUCUUCCUCUCCCAGCUACCUAACGCCGUCCAGGUAGGCACCUUCUACCACAUUCCCUGUUUCAUCUUCUUUGUAGCCCUUACCAGUAUCUCAAAUUCCCCCUGACUAUACAAGCCCCUCCAGGCGAGGACUUAACCUUGAAGGGUGCCUGGCGCAGAGCAGGCGCUCAAUCAAGUCUGUCUCCGCCCGAUCCGCGCCCAGGGUGGACCCAGGCCCGGGGGCCCGCCUCUCUGCGCCGCGGCCCGCGGGCGGCCGCCCCUCGCCCGCCCUCCCCCCGGCCCGCCCCGGGAACGGGGUUUGUAGUCGUGGACGUGACUGGGAGGAGUCGGCCCGCCUCGGAUUUCCGCACAGGGAGCCGGGCCGCGACCAUGGCGGAGCCCACGGUGUGCUCGUUCCUCACCAAGGUGCUGUGCGCCCACGGCGGCCGCAUGUUCCUGCAGGAUCUGCGCGGCCACGUGGAGCUCUCGGAGGCCCGGCUGCGGGACGUGCUGCGCCAGGCCGGGCCCGACCGCUUCCUGCUGCAGGAGGUGGAGGUGCGGGAGGACCCGUGGGACGCCGAGGCCGAGGUGGCGGCCGGCGAGGGCGGCGCGGGCGGCGGCGGCGGCCCCUCGGCCUGGCGGGUGGUGGCUGUGUCCUCCGCGCGCCUCUGCGCUCGCUACCAGCGCGGCGAGUGCCAGGCCUGCGACCAGCUGCACCUCUGCCGCCGCCACAUGAUGGGCAAGUGCCCGAACCGCGACUGCUGGUCUACCUGCACCCUUUCUCAUGAUAUCCACAUACCUGUCAACAUCCAAGUCCUGAAAAACCAGGGACUGUUUGGUCUCAAUGAGGCCCAGCUUCGGAUCCUUCUUUUACAGAAUGACCCCUGCCUUUUACCAGAGGUCUGUUUGCUCUACAACAAAGGUGAAGCCCUGUAUGGUUACUGCAACCUCAAGGAUAAAUGCAACAAGUUUCACGUGUGCAAGUCCUUUGUCAGGGGAGAGUGCAGGCUGCCGAAGUGCAAGCGGUCCCAUCAGCUAAUUCACGCUACAUCCCUGCAGCUGCUGCAGGACCAAGGACUGAAUAUUCCAAGUGUCGUUAAUUUUCAGAUAAUUGCUACCUACAAGCACAUGAAGCUGCACAAGAUGCUUGAAAAUAAAGAUAAUUCAGCUUCUUCUGCUGAGCAUUCCCAGGGCCUUGAGAAACAAGGAGUACACGUAGCUGGGGCUGCAGAGGCCGGUCUUCUGGUCUCUGGCCCUGCUGAGUCAGCCAAGAAGCCAUGUUCAGGUAAACCUUAGAGGACAUCAGUGAAAUAAGAAGAACGUUGUCCAAUUGGAAGGUCUGAAAACAAAGCUUCUGUUGAGAUUUAAUUUGUAACCAUUCAUUCAUUUAAUCGUUUAUUAAUAAUAGCCAUAAUGAUACCUACCUCACAGGUUGUGGUGAGAAUUAAAGAAGAUGGAAAAGGAGAAAAUGCCAGAUUGGGAGGAUAAAAUUGGGGGUGGGUGGUUGAGGAUGAGGUUAGACAUUGAACAGGCAAAGGGAGAGUAAAACCUGAGAGUAGAUGAGGUCAGUCCUGGGCAAAUCCUGCGGUUCCUGAGAGCUUUCCCUGGGCUGGCCGGCCAGAGCUCUUAAAGAGGCAGGCUCCUGCGGACUUGUUCUGGGACCCAGCCAAGUGCUUUUCUGUAUGCCCAUAUACAUAGUUUACAUUGUGGUAUUCAGGGACUACAUACACUUUAUGCUCUUUUUUUUUUUUUUUUUUUUUGCUUAAUAUUCCAUAAGUAUCUCUCCAUAUUUAUUCACAUUUAUCAUGCGUAAUCAUUUUCAUGCACAGAUACACUAAUAUAUCAUCGUUUGCUUAACUAGUUCCAUUAUUCUGGGAUAUUUUGAUUCUUUCUAACAACUUUUGAAUAUAACUCUUUUCUUAAAAUCCACACAAUAUUAAAUUUUUACAUUAUUCUUUACUUUUGCUUCACUUAUAGUUGCUGAAUGAUACUCUUGAUUUUCAUUUCUUUAAAAAUACAUGCGGGAAUUCGCUGGCGGUCCAGUGGUUAGGACUCUGCACUUCCACUGCAGGGGGCAUAAUUGCUGGGCCCCUCCUCUGUGCUGAUGUGACUUGGCCUUUAAUAGGCUCCUUAAUUUUCGUAAAGGCAUGUUGACUGUAUAUGAUAUGAUAUCCAACUCUCGUGGAUCCAUCCUCAGCCAACACCGCAGAGUAUAUAACUUAUGGGUGCUCACCAGAGAUUUCUACCUCACUCUGUGUACUCUCCAUUUCUUAUUAAACUUUUACCAAAGUCUCAGAUUCCUGUAGUAUGAAGGAUGCGGAGCUCAUACAUUCCUCCAAGUUGUAUGCAUUCUUUCUGUGAUCAGGAUGGACCAUCAUAAAUCUAUAUACCUCGCCCAUUCCAUACUGACUUCUCCCUUCCCCCCUUCUCUCUGCCCCUGCCCACCCAGCUGUCUCUUUUUAGUUGUACCUGAUGUUUAUUUCCUUGUUUUCAUCAGGGGGUACCACAGAGAAGCAGCUUUGUGAAAUUCUUUCCUGUGUUUGCUGUAUUAAUAGCCACAAAUGUUGGUGUGUAAAGUGUUUUGUUUUGUUUUUUUUAAUUUAACUCUCUGGCAAAAACAUAACAUUUGAGAAAUAGGGCCAAAGUAGUGAGCUUUUCAUCAAGCUAAAUUUAUUUAAUUUAGAAAAUUUUUAAUCAUGAAAACUUUUCUUUUCCAUUGGGGGAGGUGUGCAAAAAUGUCCUUUUUAAAGUGAGACAGUGCUGUGUUUUCUCCUAAUGGACAGUAAGAGUCACGCAACUUAUGUUAAUCUCUUCAUUUUGGUUGCCAGCAACAGUAUUUCUGAAAGCUCUUAUGUUUUGCGUAUCUUUCUUCUUUUUUCUUAGUUACGAUUUCUCCGGUGCUAAUUAAAAAAUUUUCUUUAUAUUUUAUUAUUAUUAUUUACGUUUUAUUCUUUUACUGUUAUAUUUCUUUUGUAAGCCAUGUUAAAUCCUUAAUGGAAACAGUAUAGUGUAUAAAUGCAUAUUCUUUACAUUAAAAGACUUAGUAGAUUUUUACAUUAUUGUGUUCUUUUUAUAUAUCUUAUAAUUAUGCCUUUAUAUAUGAAGUUAUUGACCCUUUGUAAUCUUUGUUGCAAUAUUUUAUUCAAUUCUACAAUAUUCCAUUUUAAUCUUAGUUCCAUUGGUAUUCAUCCUAUAAAAACAUUUUAUGUAAUCAUACCUCUUAUUUUAAUUUGAUGAUUCAGCUGUUAGAGAGUUAUCAGAUUAGAGUUUCUUCGGCAACUUAUCAGGGCUUAUGAGAUGAAGCUGCACAUCUGUAGGCUUCACAAAUUCCAAAUACCCUAAAUUGAAUGAGUGACUUUCUUCCAGACUUGUUCCUCCUUUUGUUCUUUAUUUUGCAGUGUCAGCACCAAAUGACUUAAGCCAAAAACCUGCAAAUUGUCCUAUACUUUUCCUUUCUUCUUAUUCCCUGGGUCAGAUUGGUUACCCCGUGUUGCAGAAUUUCCACUUUAAAAAUCUUGCAAAUUUUUAUCCUCUCUACCCCUUUCUUUCCAUCCCCAACACACUGCCUUUUUCUAAACCCUCAUCACCUCUUGCAUUUGUUUUACAGAUUCAUAACUCAGUGGUAUUCAAGUCUGUCUUGUGAGAGUUUUUUGUAGGAAGUGCGAGAUGGACCCCUGUUCCACUUCAAGGAUGGUACCCCCAUUGUAAUUUUUAAUAUAAUAGGCUUUUGUGGAUGUCAUUGAUCUCCUUACCACCCUUCUCUCCCCCUGCUGCCUGGUUGACCUUUUGAAAUGCAGACCUAAUCGUAUUGCUUUUUUCUGCCGUAACCUUCAUUGGUCCCCAUCACGAGGAUAGAAGUCAUAAAACUCAAAUCCCUACAGGGACUAGAAAGUUAAGAUAAAUGGAUAAAGUGAGGUGGAUGUGAGAGGAAUGGGGGAAGAGAGGAAGUGCUGUGGCAAACUGUCCCAUCUAAAAGGGACAACUGCCUCUUGCUUCCACGUGGGACUGCGGGGCCCAAUUUGACGUAUCAUCCAAUUUGUCAAAAGCAGCCACAAAUUCAGAAAUUUUUAUGAGAAAUUUUCUGAUUUUAAAAUAUUGACUUUUAAUUGAGUUCUUAAAAUGCAGACCAAUAUUGCGCGUAUUGACCUACUUGCAGUUUUUGGAAUGUGCCAUUUUAUCUUGUGACUCUCUAUUUGCAAAUGAUGCUCCUUCUAAGUGCCACUCCUUCGCUCCUCCUGCCUCAAAACCUGGCAAAAUGAGAUUAUUUAAAAUGUCAGGUUAGCCUUUCCUGACCCCAAGACAGGCAGCUCUCCUAGUGUUCUCAAAGCUCUAGCACUUAGUACAUUACAUUGCCAUGCUUUUAUUCCCCGGCUUUGAGCAAAAACAUUAUUUAUUCUUUUUGGUAAUUAUAACACUUGGUAGUUAAAUAUUUUUUGCCGUAUAAUGAAUUAAACUCUGCAUUUGAAUCUGUUGAAUCAGUAUCAUAUUGCUCUUCAUUGAUUCUCUUUCUCCUCACAUAUUUUUAGUAUUCAUAGAAUCUUUUUUGCCCUAAGGAAUGUGUUAUAUAAGGUAAACAUCCUUUUGAUGCUUCGGUUUGAAUUGUCUAGGUCUAAAAUUAACUCUUUAUGACUUAUGUUUAUUAUACUAAUUCUUUCCAUCAAGGAAUUAAGUCUUCAUUAUUGACGUAUUUCUUGAUUGCUUUCAUUAUAAUUUGUUCAUGUUUUUGUCUAGGUCAUGAAUAUCCCUUAUUGCAUAAAUUCUUUCUUGGCUAAAUAUAUCUGUAUUGCUACUAAGUAUGGGAAUCUCUAUCUUCAGAAUGCUAUUGAUUUUCAAAAUAUUUGUCUUUAGGUAAGUUGUCUUUGUUCUAACAGUAUUAGAUGGCUUGUUUGGUUUUAUUUUUAAAUAUAAAAUUGUAGCUGCAAAAAUAUUUAUCUUUUCUUAUGUAUUUCUAUUAUAUCUUUUUGUUACAUAAAAUUGUAGUAAGAUAUUUUUGGAUAUUUCUUCAUUUAAUAUGAAGUUAAUUAUUGGUUUUAAACAAUUAUAUAUUGUUAUAAUUGUCCCUAUUAUAAUAAGGGAAAUAACAUCCUUUAUUCUUGUUUAUUGGAAGCUUUUGGUAGGAAUUGGCAUCUUUUGAUAUAAUCAUAUAAUGUUAACCAUUUAAAUUACCUAAUAUGAUUAUAUUCAUGGUUUUCAUGGUAUUAAAACAUCCUUAAAUUCUUGAGUAAGCUCCACUUGAUAAUGCCAUAUAUUCUUUUAAUGUAUUUUUUAUCCUAUUUGGUAACUUUCAAGUGUAUGCAUCUAAACAUUCAUAAAUAAAUUUCAUUUAUAUGUUA